UGCAUACAAAAACGCGUUUCCCUCCAAGUCCCUUAACUUCAUCCUCUCUUCAUUAAUUUGCAUAGAUAAUCAAAAUUGCCCUUGCCAUCUUCUUCAAUGCCUUUCUCAAUCUUCCUGCUUUCUCUGUUUGUAUUUUCUCUGCAUAUCGCGGCUUCAGAGGCCGAUUUCUAUGAAAACUGCGAAAUUACAUGGGGCGAUGAGCGUGCUAAAAUACUCAACGGAGGCCAACUCCUCACCCUUUCUCUUGAUAAGGCUUCUGGGUCUGGUUUCCAGUCCAAGCAGGAGUUCCUGUUUGGGAGAUUUGACUUGCAAAUGAAGCUAGUACCUGGCAACUCCGCUGGCACCGUAACUACAUUUUACCUAUCUUCACAAGGACCUACCCAUGACGAAAUUGACUUCGAGUUCUUGGGUAACUUGUCUGGAGAUCCUUACGUUGUCCACACCAACGUGUUCACCCAAGGAAAAGGAAAUAGAGAGCAACAGUUUUAUCUCUGGUUUGAUCCAACAAAGGCCUUCCACACUUACUCUAUCGUCUGGAAUCGUCAGCACAUCAUAUUUCUAGUUGAUAACAUUCCUAUCAGAGUUUUCAACAACUUGGAAGCCGCUGGCAUUGCAUUCCCCAACAAGCAACCCAUGAGGAUUUACUCAAGUCUCUGGAAUGCGGAUGACUGGGCAACAAGAGGUGGCCUUAUCAAGACUAACUGGACACAAGGUCCUUUCACUGCCUCUUAUAGAAACUUUAAUGCCGAUGCCUGUGUUUGGUCAUCUCAAUCCUCUUGUGACUCGGAAUCCACAAAUUCCCUGCAGAAGAGUGCCUGGCAAGACCAAGCACUGGAUGCAUCUGGUCGCAACAGACUCCGUUGGGUGCAAAAGAAGUACAUGAUUUACAACUACUGCACUGACUUCAAACGCUUCUCUGAAGGCCUACCACCUGAAUGCAAGCGAUCAAGAUUCCUCUAAGUGCAUCGAAAAGUUCUUUCAUACAUAAAAUACAGCUAUAAUUACUCCAUGGAAUUCUUUAUUCAAAUACAGAUGUAAAAUCAAA